AAUAAAGGUGUAGCUUGAAAAAAGGUUCCAUGUACCUACUGAUUAGUGGGUUAACAUUUUUUAUUUAGAACGUUCCUUACAUUGUUUUCGGAAACGUAUGUAUGAUAUCAUAAUUACGCAGAAUGUAAGCUGCUGGAGAACAUUUCAGGUUUGGGGGAUGAGACACACAACUGAUAAGCUACGUUGACCAGCAGCAGAUAAGCAUAGCUCUCCAGAAAUUGUUAUCGGAAGGGUUUAUCUCGUUAUAAUAAUUGGAUAUGUUACGUAUGUAUAUACAUACGUAUUUAUGCACAAAUACCGGCACAUAUUUGCAUAUAUUACCUUUUACCCGAUUAUUCUGGCACAUUCGCUUCACAGCUCUUACACACAUACGACACAAAUCCAGCAAAUAUCAACAGCAUCAUGAUCUUUGAAAGAUUCGCGACCCCCUUAGAACGCCCCCUGAGAUACAGGGACCCCAAUCUCUCAUGCACUUGGGACCCUCGCGACUGGGCCGCUUCGGUUAACGACACCCAGGGAAUUGUAAACUGCUUUUACACUACCGCCGCCGGAGCCGCAGGCAAGACAGCGUCGCAAGUUGAGGCAGGAUUUGGAAGCACCGCAGGGUUGCUACCCAUUAAAGACAUAGAAGUCGUGGACAAGUUGAAGAAAAUUGGCUACAACAACCCCGUCAUGGAAUCGUUUUAUCAUAAGGACGAGGACGAGUUGGAGAAGUUUUUUGAGGACAACAUCCCAUUAAAUAAUUCACGAUUCUUUCUGCACGGAUAUAUGCCUAAAGGCGCGGAGGGUAUAGCACAUAUUUUUUUGAUUGAGGUUCUUCGACGGGAGGAUGGAUUUCGACUGAGGAAGUACGACUACCAGAGGGACAAUGUCUUCGAUGUCUUGUUUUGCAAUUUGUCAGGUAGAUUGUACUUCCUGGUUAAGUGGGACCCAACGCCGAUUAAGGAAGAGGAGCCAAUGGAAGUAGAUAUCAAACCCGGUUUCACAUAUAACUGGGCACGGCCCAUAAAUUUCGUAAUCGGCGCUUGUUUCGUGGCGAUGCUAAUUGUGUUCAUGUUAAUGGUCACUAUUUGCACUGUGGGGCUCAUCGGCAGAACUACACAGCCGGAUGGUGCGCAACAAUUUGAUGGGGGUGGUAUAAAAACACACGAGACGACCUUUGACCUUUCCAAAGGCUUUGGAGAACUCUGCAUUACGUGCGUAACUACAAUAAACCAAUUUCCCAGGUUUUAAGUCUGAUUGCAUAAGUAGGAGGGUGAGGAGGGGGCAUACCAUCAGCCCCUGGGGGAGACGACAAUGAGAAGAUCUCCACGCGAUUCGUCUUGGUAACACUGCAUUUGUUUAAAGAAAUAAUUUAAAAUUUUGUAAGUUUAUCUUGCCAAAUUAAUUAUUCAGCAGUGGCUAACGUUCCCAAUUUAAUAUAAAAAUUCUUACAAUACAUAGUUUUAAUUUUUAGAAGUAAGGAUCAGUGAAUUUUUGUUGGUUCGAAUUACAUAUUCGUAAUUACUAAUUGUGUAACCUACAAAUUAAUAACAAUAUACCGUGUCAAAGUAUAUAAAAAUGUAUAGUCAUGCAAUAAAAUUUGAAAUUACUUAAAAUUGCACCAUACAUAUGACCAGUAUGUAAUUUGUGACCAUUUACCUCUGAUGAGUUGGUCGGGUGUCUAAAAUAUUAACGGUGUUUAUCUCGUUCAAAUAAUGCAGAAUUUUGUGCAUCAGGCUUUAAACGUUUUUAACAAAUGAAAGCAUGCAGUUGAGGUGAGUGGAAGACAAUUAAGUUUAAUCAAUUCAGCAUUAUCUCUGGAUGAUGUCAGAAUGAUUUGAAAUUUUGCGACUUUGCAGAAUUUGCAACGUUUUCGCAACAUUGCCAUAUACUUUACUAAUCCUAAGUUCUACAGGCUAUACAUAUAUUAAAUAUUACAGUUACCUUUGAUACAUAUAUUCACAAUUUGUAUACACAUUUGAUACACUAACCCAUUGAACAAAUUAACUUAACGUUGCAUUUUCUGCAUAUGUACAUACGUACAUGCAUACAUACAUACAUACAACGCUUUAUAGCUUUUAGUGUACAUACGUAUGUAUUGCAUGUGCACACCGGCAGUAUACAUUGUACAUAUAUACAUCAUGUGUGAUACAUAUUGACAUAGAUAAAUAUGUGUGUGCCUAAUGCAUAAACGUACAGUGUAAUGAUAUUGUAUUUGUAUUUGUAUUGUAUUGCUUUAUUUCACCACUCUUUCAAGCCAACCGGCCCAUAGAGCACGACCAAAAAUUUUACAUCAUUUAACAGUUAAACGGGUUACAAAUCAAACUCCAAUUUUUCAAAAACAACAGAUAUUACGAAUUUCGAUUCAGGAAAAUAACUAACCAAUUUCACAGGUUUUAACAUUCUAUUCAAGUUACAUAGCAAGAUUACCAUUACAGUUUACAUGACAAGUUCCAUACAGUUACAGAUCUUAAUAUGCUAUAACAUUACAACGUAAUAUCUAACAUCGUAACCGGAGACGUGUGCAUUAAAAUACCAAAAGUGCAAUUAAUAUUCUCAGCAAAGUUUUGUGGUGGUGUGAAGUUGCUCAUAAUAUCAGUACAAAUCACGUUUUGCAAAAAUACAUAAUCAAGUAAAGUAAGUAUCCAGUUGUGGGCAUUAUCCACAAGUCGCACUCGGCAUAUCCCAAUACAGGCUAAAUACAUACAAUGCUUAAUACUUCUUAAUUUCAGUAAAAGUCAAAUUUAGCAAAAAUACAUAACCAAGUAAAGUAAGUAUCCAGUUGUGGGCAUUAU